AUGAAUCUGCCUCCGGACAAAGUGAAGAUCCUCAGUCAGUACGACAACGACAAGAAGUGGGAUCUGAUCUGUGACCAGGAGCGCUUUCAGGUGAAGAAUCCACCGUCUGCGUACCUGGACAAGCUGAAGAGUUUCCUGGAUCAUGGCGGCGUCAGUCGAAAGUUCAAGAGACGAGUCCAGGAGUCGACUCAGAUCCUCAGAGAGCUGGAGAUUUCCCUCAGGACCAAUCACAUCGGCUGGGCUCAGGAGUUCCUGAACGAGGAAAACCGUGGACUAGACGUCCUCGUGGAUUAUCUGUCUCACGCUCACAGCGCUGUCACGUUGGACGCGGACUGUUCGGACGGCGGCUCUCUGCCCUCAGAUAAAAAUAAAAGCAUGGACAGGUCGGUGGAGGACGUGAGCAGAAGUGCCAGCAGCUCUCCGUCUCACAGUUCAACCAAAACCAGCAAAACCUUCGCUGCCAGGAAGGUGGUGAGGAACUCCAGGGCCGUGAGCCAGAAAGACGACGUUCAUCUCUGCAUCAUGUGUUUACGUGCCAUCAUGAACUAUCAG